AAGAUUAAAAUGCACAUAAUGUAGGAAUAUCCUGUACUUGCCGGUUGUUGAUAAAAUUAUUAUUUCUCAGCUGGACAAUAAAAAUGUCAAAGCUAUAAAAUGUUUUCGUGUUCGAUUCCAACUUGGUUUUAAGAUACUAAUAGACAGCUAAAUUCUGCAGAUAUAUCAUAUAUAAAAAGAUGCGUGCACAGAUGUUGUAUAGAGAGCAUUAGUUGAAAAAUUAGCUCCCACCAUGGCUACUGAUUCUCUUUUUCUUCUCUUUUUUCUUUCCAUCAUAACCCUCUCUCAAGCGAGUGUAAACAUAGACUGUGGAACGUCAUCAUCGAGCCUAGACGCCAACAACAUAAAAUGGGUCGGGGACAAAGACUUCAUCACAUCCGGAGAAUCGGCCACAGUUUCCUCCACAACCGUAGAGAAAUCCCUCACCACACUCCGGUACUUCCCAACCGGUGAAUCCAACUGCUAUAACAUUCCGGUAACAAAAGGGGGAAAGGUUCUAGUGCGCACGAUGUUUUACUAUGGGAACUACGACGGGAAGGCUUCAUCCCCAACCUUCAGUGUAGUGUUCGAAGGGAAACACCGAGGCACCGUAUCGAUAUCUUCGGCAUUCGAGCCUUACACUUUAGAACUGAUAUUUUCCCCAGCCAGCGGAGAGACAAGCGUAUGUUUUGUGCGCACCUCUUCGUCAUCAAACCCGUUUGUAUCAUCCAUUGAAGUUGCUGACUUGGCCGAUGGCAUGUAUGACGAGCUUGGUCCCGGUGAAGGUUUAUUUUACCAACAACGAGUUGCGUAUGGGACAACAGAAACUAUAAGAUCGGAUCUUUACGGUAGGUUCUGGCUGCCUUCCGAGAUAAACAUAUUGUUGACAGGAGUACCGUCAGCAGCUGCAUCUAUCGAUACCUCUGAUGCAUCAAACAAGCCGCCUGAGUCCAUUCUUCGUAACUCUUGGAAUGGGGAAAGCUUAACACUAUUCGACGCCACUCUUCCUACGGGAGGAGUUCCUGUUUACUUGGCUAUGUAUUUCUCGGAGCCACUCGAAAUGAGUGUACGAUCGUUCAACAUUUUGUUUGGCAGUAAGAAAGUUGGUACGGGUCCAAUUGUGCCAGUGUAUGGAAAAGCUACCCAAGUGGUAGUGAGAGACGUCGUGGCCAGCUCAAGCUCCCAGCUAGUGUUCCAGUCCACAGCUAGUGCACUUUUACCCCCCAUGAUAAAUGCGUUGGAGCUCUACGUGAUAAGUUCUGGUACAAGUGGAGAUGGAAGCGGUAAUGGAAGUGGAAGCGGAUCAGGAACAGGUGGAGGUGGUGGGGAAGGUGGAGGAGGCGGAUCUGGGAGUGGCGGACCUGCAGGCUCUGGUGGGACUGGAAAAGGGGGAGGAAGCAAUGAAGGGAGCUCAGGUGGGUCAAACAAUGAAGAAAAGAAAAGUAAACUGCCAAUUAUAGUCGGUGCGGUAUCUGCGGUAGUGUUUGUUAUUAUUGUAUACGUUAUCGUUGCUAUUUUCUUGGCGAAACGUCGCAAAGGAAGGCUGCAAGGACUAACAUUGCCAACGUCUACAGUUUCUCAAACGGGUACUGGACCAUCCCCUCUAUUUGGACAACAGACGGGGAACGACGCGAACCAGUCAACAAAUGAGGCAGACAUGGGAGAUAUCGACGACCUGAUUGGAGUGAACCAAUCGUAUGUAACACAACAACAUUGAACUUCUGUUUGAUAUAAAUAUUUUUAACCUUCAAUAGUUCAAUUGUAUGGCUUUCCAAUGACUUUUCUUUUUCCUUCUAAAUUGCGAGAUGUUUUUUGUUCUUUAUGGUUUUUUUUUUAAAUAAAGUUGUUCUUUAUUGUUAAUCACAUUCAAUUAUUUAUGGGAAAUUACUUGAUGUAUGCAAAAAACACAUUAUAGUUCACUAACUAACCGAACAAAAAUUAUCCCCUAUCAUUUCUACAAUAUAUACCAUAUUGACCUUUAUAUUUAUUUCUUUAUUUUUUUUAGUUUUUGCUCAUUUUUAUCCCCUUCAAUCUUAUUUCCUAAAUAGUCUUUAAAGUAUAUAAAUUCAUAUAUUUUAAAAUUCAACUGCAAAACAUAAUCUUCUAAUACAUAUAACAUGAUUUGAAUUUUUUAAAUCAUAUACUUUUUCAAAAAAUUAAACACCCACCAUUGACGAAACUGGACUGAGAUGCGGCGCCACAAUAGAUAGAAAGAACAUGAAAACAAAAAACUAAAGAGAACGUUUUCUAUGAUUCGACUUCCGUUGCAGAAGAAAACCCUCUUUAAUAGAAGUCAAAUAAUAUGAGCAUUUUGAUAGAAACUGAAUCGAUUCAUCAAGCUGAGGAAGAUAAUUGGUUUUGGUACCAAAACGUUUUUCGCAAAAAGAGAGAUUAAAAUAAAAGAAGUAA